UGAAUUUUAGUGAAUUUUUUGCUUAACUAGUAAGUCAGGAUUAUGAUGAUAAACUUUAAGACAUGGAUGUCAUAUCAUGGGGAGCAGCGCAGAGAGAUGCUGAAAGCUAUUGCAUUUGGUGAUGAAGAUAUUGAUAUUUUAGAAGAGAUCGAUCCUAGCCUGAGAGUGGAAAAUGUCGAAGGAAUAGCCAAUUGGCCUGAAAUUCAAACAUUGUGGAUCUCUAACAAUCGGCGCACCAGAACACAUAGCGCUCUGAGUAUAGAAACAGCAGAACAAUUUCUUGCAAAGCUUGAAGAUAAAAUAGAAAAAAAAUUAAAUAUCAGCGAUGAUAGUUUCGACAAACCUAUUCAAUACUCGGGCUGGAACCAGGGUCUCACAUUGUUGUCAAACACUGUAGGCGGAGGACCUGAUUACCUAUUGUUUGAAGACUUCAAUGUUUCGCAUGGCUUGAUACGAAGGUUUAUGGUGCAACCAAAUCAGAACAAUUUUCAAUCAUACUCUGAAUCCAUUAUGCACCUUAUCAACCACAAUCCGAUUAUUGUAGAUAAUGCCGAAUUUGUACGGACAAGCAUUACAUUCGAAGUUUAUGACGAAAAUAUUGGUAUCACGCCUUUCACGUUCAGCUCAUCCAUGGGGUGGGACAACGUAAAACAAAGCAUAGGUAGAAUAAUGAAUAACAAUGAUAUAGGUUCUGGUAGAUUUAUGUAUAUAAGAGAAAACAUUGUAAGAAUUUUUGUAAAUAUCAUAUCGCCGUCUAGAGGUGCGGGCUUACUGGAAGCACAAGAAGAAUUCGAUUUGUAUUACGACAAUUUCGUGAUAACAAAGUGCUAUACAAACAUAGCAUGCUUUUAUUGGUGCAUUAGAAAAAUAAAAAAGACAAAAACUCAAAAUACGACACUGAGGAAGGUUGUGUUUGAUACGGCACCAUCUAAUUUUGAUAUGCCCAUCAGCAUGGUAAAAACAGCUUUUGAGCGUUUGGAUGUAAACGUUAUACUUCUUUGCAAUCAAAAACCAAAAACAGAGCUUAUACGGAAUACAAUAAAAUACCAAACCUAUGAAGAUAUUCGAUACAAAUACAUGAUAUCGUUUGAAUGUUAUUAUUACCCAUCAAGCGAUGGCGUCUGGAGAAUAUUUUCCGACAACAUCCCCGUCAUAAGAUCACACGAUGAAUGCGGAUAUGUUAUGAUCGAUAACAAAAAAUACUUCCUUAUGAUAUAUGAAAACAAUCAUUAUGACAUUGUCAAGACAAUUAAUAUGCCAAGAGUAUGCGACAAAUGUGGGAGCAACAGCCAUGAUUCGAAUCUAGCGAGGAUUGACGAGACUACACGUUCAGAGUGUUUAACAAAAAUAAGAGAAGAGAUCGGGGAUGUCAUUGUCAGAAAUAAUAUAGGUAAAACAAAAAUCAUUAUAUUUGAUGCUGAGACGGUCCCAAUCAAUGGUUACCAUCAUCCCUACAUGGUGUCAUAUCAGGUGUGUGACCUAGAGACGCAAGAGCUGAUAUUCAAAGAUACGAUAUCGUCUUAUGAUUGCUUUGACAAAUUUCUCGAUGUUGUGUUUCAAUACACAGGUACAAAAUACCUUAUUGGCUACAACAGCUCCAGCUUUGACAACUAUUUCGUUAUGAGAAGCAUGUUGAAAUAUAACUUCAAGCUUUCUUCUGAAAAUGUGAUACUGUAUCACAACAAAAUACUUAGAAUGAAUAUCAAGGGUAUAGUGACUUGGGACUUGUAUCAGUUCACAAAAUCAUCAUUGCGAGAUGCGUGUGUGUCUUACAACAUAGGAGAUUACAAAGACGAAGUCGACCAUGAUAAAAUAAGUAGCAUAUUCCAAACACACAAAUUUACUACAGCAGCGUAUAACGACAAAGAGUUUCUCAAAAUGAAGGUUAAAGAAUAUUGUGAAAAAGAUGUUGAAGUGACCAAGAAGUUGUUCUUCGUUAUUUACAAAGACUUGGUUAAAAUAACAAAUAUAAACCCGCUAUCUAAAUCCACACUGAGUUCGUUAGCAUACACCCAAAUGCAAAAGUAUUGGAAAUCAAACGAUAUAAAAAUAGAAAAGAUCCCGAUUGAAUACAACGAAAUUUUUACUUCUAUCCCUGGUGGAAGAACGCAAGUGUUUAAGAAAGGAGUGUAUCACGGCAAUUUCGUGCUGCUAGAUGUUAAUGCUUUAUACCCAUAUACCUGCAUAGAAAACACUUUUCCUAUAUCUGCAGUGAUAAGCGGAAUGCCUACCAAUGCUGAUCACGUAUAUUUGGCGCUAUGCAAAGUUGAUCAAACUAAGCUGCGGUACAAAAUGUUAGGUGAAAAAGAUGAGAACGGCAGAUUAAAUUGGAACAAAAACAUUGUCACUCAGUGGAUAUGGAAAGAACAGCUCGAAGUGCUGAAAAAAUACGGGUGCCCAGUAGAAAUAAUAAAAGCAAUCCAUUGGGAGAAGAGUGCUAAGAUAUUUGGCAUCAUGGAGUAUUACAAAAAAGUGAGAAACGAGAGCGCUGACAAUAUUGUGAGAGGCAAACUGUCAAA